AUGCUGUGGAUUCAGAGAAAGAGGAAAAGGAAGACAGUCUCUGAGUCGGCACCAGAUGAGCACGAGCCACCAGAAGGCCAUAAAGCAAAGAAUGAGGACUGGAUCAAAUCUCACUUUAGCCGCCUUUCUGAAGAGAAGCUAGCCACCUGCAGCAACUCUGCUGCUGCCAGCAGCAGUGCCACGACCCCCCGGCCUAAGAGUGGCAGUGGAGAGGCCAGCACCACGAUUUGCGUGGAGACUUUCACCACGAGUCAAGAUGGGGGCACAGCUCUUCACCGGGAGUCCUUCACCAGCAAGCACAGGAUGUCUGGGUCCUCAGUGAUCAAAGAGACCCACAAGGAAUCUGGAAAAUCCUCAUCCACGGAUGAGGCCACGUGGGCUGCCGUGGCUGCCUGUACCAAGGAGAUUGACACCAAGGGGCAGCAACUGGCUAACUCCAUGUUGCAGCGUGCCAUGGCUUACCAGAACUCAGGCCACCUGGAGUCCAAGGACAUCAACCAGGAGGAGCUGAAGGCCCUCGAGGAGGUGGAGAUGAAGCUGAAAGGGAAUUUCCUCACCCAGCGGGAAACCUCUGUAGCUGGUGCGAACCACACACACACCUUCCAUGGCCAUGGUCAACAUGGCCACCAGAGUCAUCCAAGCCACCAGAGUCACAGCCUGCCCAACCGCAGCCACCAGACCUACCACCCCUUUGAAGCCACCUAA